GGAUGUACGCGCCGCGGCUGUGAGGCGCGACGUCAUCGCCCGAAAAGGUAAGCCGGACGGAGGGCGGGGCGCGCCACCUGAUCGGGAGGGCCCCCAGGUCCCAGACGCGUCAGGGUGUCACCCAGUAGGCCGACGCCCCACCGUGUAUAUAGCCCAUCCGCAUCCGCCCCUCCGCCAGCAUAUAAACUCUCCACCCACCAUGUCCGCCACCCCAGACAUCCCCGCACCCACCCCAUCCAGCGAACAGAGCGUAUACUUCGACGCACCCAUCAUGCACUUUUUCUCUCGCAAUAACGACGACAAAGCCCACGACGAGCCUACGCAGGUUGCGGACACCAAUGGCGCGCAUCAGGGCACUGACCCCCAGCCGUCUGUCGCGAUCGCUCCUGACCCAGUCGUGAACCGCUACCACGAGAACCUCGAGGACGAGCAACAGCAGCUCGACGACAAGAAGCCGGCCGCGACCACCUUGUCUGCUAUUCCCGAAGGCUCCCACAGACGUGCGGGCAGCCCGCCGUCUGAUUCAGGCUACGGCUCGUCCUCGCCCAACACGGCCGCCCGCCCACCAGAGCGAUCUGCCUCCCGCGCGUCGCGUAGAAGUCUCAAGCCUGUCCCCGUCGUCUGGAAGGACGGUCAGCCUGGCAGCGAAACCGAUGACGACACCUACGCUGAUCCAGGAGCCGACAACCGAGCUCGACGCGCGACCUCUAUGCGCUCACUCCGCACGUCCACUAGUCGGCGCGAUCGUGAUGGCUAUGACCACGAAAGCGUUCGAAGCACGCCCGCCUCACGCUUCUCGGACCGCCGCCGACGCGUAAGCCUGAGCGGGGGCAGUUUUGCGGGAGGCGCAGGGACAAUCGGCCCUGAAGCAACACCCCAACUAGACGAUACACAGUCAUUCGUGGCAAGGGCGAAGAGCGCGGAGGCAGAACUGACUCCGAAGCAGAAGUCUAAGAUCGAGAAAGCUUCAGCUAAGGAGGGCAAGCGCCUCUCGAAAGUGCUGAAGUCCGAAGCGAAGUCGGAGGCGAAAGCCAUCGAGCAGGCCAUCCGCGAGCUCGCGGAUAUUCAGAAGAUGCAGAAGACCGCAUUGAAGGAGGAGAGUCGCGCGGUCGCCAGCCACGCGAAGGCGCUGCGCACAUUCCACAAAGAGGAGCUGGAGUACCUCGCCGCUCGGGCACGGUAUGAGAAAGCGCAGGCCGAGCUGGCAGCGGUGGAGGACGGCAGAGACGCCGCGCGCGAGCACGCACAGGAAGUCACGGAAAUGAUGCAAGAGAAGAGUAAGGAGGUUGACUGGUUGCGGGCGCAGAAGGCUGCAGACGAUGUAAGUUGUUCCCCGUUGCAUUUUCAUGUACGCACCGAACUUGACAAAUUUGUGACUGUAGCGCGAACGACAGGCGAAGCUUGUGCAAUUAACGGGCAAGUCAUAACUCCCAACGCACCUAGGGGUCCUCAGUGUGCUUCAUAAGACUUGAUACCCAUAGCAUGACGAAGACUUUUUGAUGUUCUGCACGACAACUUAAGGGCAAGAGCCAACAGACGCGACCAACGUGACCGUGACGCGUACGAUUGAAUAAUUGA